ACCUCUGCCCCCUCUGGGGCCGUCCCUUAGAGAUGCUAAUAUCGUUCCAGUCUUCUCCCACCCCCACCCCACUCCGCUCAAGACCCCGGCCCCGAGACGGAGCGCAUACAACAAAAGCCUCGUCUUUGGGGCCCUGGCAGGAUUGCUGAGAGCCGCGGCGGCAGCAGAAGCAGCAGCGGCAGGAGCGGGAAAAGUGACGUGUAGUUCCCCGAGGCAGUGAAGCUUGGUGGGCUAUGGGAUGGAUGAAGCUGAGCAGGACCAGUACGAAGCCCAUCUCAAAGAGCUCUUUGACAGCUUCGAUGUCACCGGCACUGGUUGUCUGGGGCAGGACGAAUUGACCGAACUUUGCCACGUGUUGCAUCUUGAAGAAGUAGCUCCAGGAGCAUUGCAGGAGACCCUGCUGCAGGACGGCCUCUCUAGGCGGGUCCACUUUGAUCAGUUUAAAGAUGCACUAAUCGUCAUCUUGUCUAGCACAUUAACAAAUGAAGAGUCCUUUCAGCAACCAGAUUCUUCACUUGAAGCCCAGCCUAAAUACAUCAAGGAUGGAAAGCGCUAUGGGAGGCGAUCCUUACCAGAGUGUCAGCAAUCUGUGGAAGAAUUUGCAGAGGUAACAGUGAUUGAACCUUUGAACAAGGAUGCCCUCUCUUCCCGCCUCUCCAACAAUGACUGUGAUGAGCAUUGGCAAUCACAAGACAGUGAAGAAUAUGAAGCCGAAGGCCAGUUGAGGUUCUGGAAUCCUGAUGAUUUGAAUACAUCUUCAAAUAUCUUCCCCUCUCAGGAUUGGAUAGAAGAGAAGUUACAUGAGGUUUGCAAGGAUCUUGGAAUUUCCAGAGAUGGCCACUUCAACAGAAAGAAGCUUGUCUCCAUCUGUGAGCAGUUUGGUUUGCAGAAUAUUGACACUCAGAUGCUGGAGGAAGUAUUUCGCAACCUUGACCACAACAAUGGUACAAUGAGCAUCGAAGACUUUUUCUACGGGCUCUUUAAAAUUGGGAAGCCUCUCCCGCCUUCUGCUUCCACUCCAUAUAGGCAGUUGAAACGGCAUCUUUCUAUGCAGGCUUUUGAUGAAAGUGGGAGACGUACCACCCCUCCCUCAGCAAUGACAAGUACAAUCAGCUUCCGUGUCUUUUCCAGCCUGGAUGAUGGGAUGGGCUAUGCUGCAGUGGAACAAAUUCUUGAUACGUGGCAAGAACAAGGCAUAGAGAAUAGCCAGGAGAUCCUGAAGGCCUUAGAUUUCAGUUUGGAUGGCAAAAUUAACCUGGCUGAAUUGACUUUUGCCCUGGAAAAUGAGCUUCUCAUAGCAAAGAAUGGGAUAUACCAAGCAGCACUGGCUGCUUUCAAAAUGGAGAUUCGGCAUUUGAUAGAACGGGCUGACCUGGUUCUAAGGGAAAAGGACAAACUACGUCUGGAUUUGGAGAAAGUGGAGAAAAGAGCAUCACUAAUGGCCACCGAAGUGGAUGACCAUCAUGCUGCUAUUGAACGCCAAAAUGAAUACAACCUAAGCAAGCUGGAUGAAGAGUACAAAGAUCGCAUUGCAGCUCUCAAAACAGAGUUUCAGAAAGAUUGCGAGAGGAUACAGCAGCAGGCCAGCAAGCAACAAGCAGAAUUGGAGCAGGAGAUAGAGAAGAUGAAAACCGAAGAGAAUUAUCUCCAGGACCGCCUUGCUCUCACACUGAAGGAAAACAGUCGCUUAGAGCAUGAGCUCCUGGAAACUGGGGAGAAGUUGGUGAAGUAUGAAAGCAUGAUGAGCAAAUUGCAGAAUAAUUGGGAAAACGUCUUAGCAGACAAGUUUGGAGACCUAGAUCCUGGCAGUGCGGAGUUCUUCUUUCAGGAGGAGCGACUGAGUCAGAUGAAGAAGAAAUACGAACAGCAGUGCAGGGAACUUCAAGAUCACAUAGAUGAGCUUCAGUCUCAGCUGGAAGAGUAUCAGAUACAAGGCAGAAUUAUCCGACCUUCACUGCAAAGCUCUCUCUAUGAGGAACUAAACGACAUCGGAAUGCAAGGUAGUCAAGAGCCUGCUCCUGAAGACUGCAGCCAUCUAAACAUGAGCAUAGAAGCUGAAAUAAUUAUUGAACAACUAAAGGAUCAGCUGCACCAGGAUAUCUACAACUUGCAGCAGGAGCUUGAAAACACGGUAUGCCAUUAUGAAAAGCAGCUUGAGGAGACCAGGGCCAACUAUGAGGAGGGACAAGAGAACCUCCAGGAGAAGUACUGUCAGGAGAGAGAAUUGUUAGAAGAACAAAUUGGGUGUCUGCAAGUCCAGAUAUCUGAGCUUCAGGGACAACUGGCAAGCUUGAGGCAGGCCAACUCCCAGCAGAAUGUUGAAGGGAACAGUCUCCAGCUAUGCAUGAAUGAGAAGGCUAGCUUUAUAGAAUGCCUGAAGAUGGAUCAUGAGAGGGAGCUCCAAGCCAGACUGAAAGAGGCAGAAGAAAACUUUAGUCAUGAGAAGGAAGAGUUGAUUCAAUCUAAAGCCUGGCUGGAAGAAAGAAUGAGAACGUUAGCACAGGCCAUCCAAGAAGAAAAAAUGGAGCUAGAAAAUGGCUUCCAUGAGAAGUUGCAAAGAUUGAUGGAGAAGCAUGCCCUGGAGAUGGAGCAGCUACAACAAGAGCUACUAAGAGAACAUCAGCGAGAACUCCAGGAACAAAAGAUAAAAAUGGAAAAUGAGUAUAAUGGAAGAAUAUUUCAGAGAGAGGAAUGGUUCACCACUGAACAACAAACACUUACAAGAAAGUAUGAGGAAACCAUAAACAAACUUGAGGAGCAGCAUCAACAAGAAUUGCUUAAGCUCUCCAGGCUGCAGUUAGAUGCGAAAUCCCAGUGGGAAUCUGAAAAAAGUCAAAUUCUCCAGGAAGAUGUUGAGGCCCAAUCAAAAUGGAAAGAAAAGCUGGAGAAAGAGAAAUCAAUCUCUUCAUUAUUGGAGCAAGACAAGAAACUUCUAGAGACAAAUUAUAAGGAGCAUGUGAACUUGUGGAUCUUGGAGAAGAAGCAACUUCAACAAGAAGUUCAGGACCUGAAAAAGCAAGAAAAUGAAUGGUGUGAGAAAUUUCUGAAGAUUAAUCAAUCCAACCAUGAGAUGGGGCUAAGGGAAAGAGAAGAAAUGCCAACAUCAGAGGAAGAACAAAGGCAACUUAGCAAAAAGCUUGGAAGGCUAGAAACAGAAUUUGCACAUGAACAAGAAGAACAGAAUUAUAAGUCUGCAGAGUAUUUGAAGCAAGCGAUGCCCAGCAGAGCAAUAGAAGAAAAAAAGGAACUGAAGUCAAAAAUCUCAGUGCUUGGAAAUAAAAUAGAAGAUCUACAGCAGGGAUUGCAAUGUCAGUCCAAACUGCAAAGCAAUCUUGUUUCUUUAAACAAGGAUGAAGAAGCAAAAGGAAGUGAUUUUCUAGCAUUUGUCAAGCACCAGGACUCUGGAAAGGAGAUAAAUGUUCUUUCAAAACAAGAAAUAGUUCAAGAUCCAGGAGAAGAAAAUAGUGUGACUACCUCUUUGAUGGAUGACUCUUUGAAAGAACCAGAAAGAGAAUCAACCCAAUACCCUGGAUUCAUCCCAUUAGUUCCAGAAACAUUUGUAGAUGCUCAGCUCCUAAGUGUGACUGACAAAGACAGCCAAGGUGUAACAGAAGAUGGAACGAAAAAAUUAGACAAGAUUGCAAUUCCAAACAUGAAAAAUGGAGGGACAACAGUUGAAACUAUGGAGACUUCACAUGUCUUGCAGAAGGCCUAUGAAGAAAUGCUGGCAGAGAAUGAAGCCCUUAAACUGCGACAGAAUCAGCUUCUGGAGAGGAUCAUUCUGCUAGAAACUGAAUGCAAUCAAGCAGCUCAUGCUCGACAAGACAUGGCUUCACAGGUUCAGAAGGAGCUUGAGGAAAUCCUUAAAACUAUCCCCCAGCCUAAUGUGUUGCCAUGUGCAAGUGAUGAGAAGGGGGGAAGUUUGCACUGGGAAAAAUUGCCCAUUGGCAGUGCCACAAAAAACCAAAUGCUCUUUGCUGAAGCUUUGGAUGCUGAUUCAAGUGUUGAGGAAAUAAGUGCCUACUCUCUUUUAUUUGAGGCAGAUCAUGGAGAAGUUAGAACUGACAAGGUAGACUUCCAUGAUGUAGCAUCAGAAUUUUGGGGUAUGGAUAUGGUGGAAGAUGCAGACUCCAGAAUAGGACCUAAAAUUUUCCAAUUUCCAGAAGAACUCAAACUGGAAAACCAAGCCCUAAAAACAGAGAUAAUCAAAUUGCUAGAACGUAACAAUAAAUUGGAGGGAUACAUGCCAAUAUUUAUAAGCCUGCAGUCCAGGCUAGAUGAAACUAACCAAGACUGCUUCACGCUUAAGGAGGAGAAAGAGCAACUGCUGCAGAAAGUGAAAGACCUGGAAAAGAAACAGGACCAGUUGGUGAUGGAAAAUGCCAACCUGCAGACUUCCAAGCUGAUUUUGCAAAGCCAGCUUGGCAAACUAGAUGAGCUCAUGCUGACUCUGCAAUCCCAGAAGAGUGGACGGCUGGGCCGUUGUGAGAAUGUCACCAAAGAUGCAGAAGUGGACAGGAAGGGGCUCCAUGAGCUGAACAGGAAGCUCAAAGAGAAAAUAGCAGUGCUCCUGAAGCAGAAAGGCACCCAUACACAGGAGAAAGAGAGUCUGAAUGCUGUUCUUCACGGUUUGCAGAGCACCUACAAUGAGCAGCUUCAGAAGAUUGAGUUUUUGAGGCAAAAAACAGAGACCGUACUGAAGGAGAAAAUGGCCAUGCAGAAGAUAGCUGAAAGCUUGAAGAAGCAGGUAUCUGAACUGAAAGCCAGGAAUCAGCAAUUAGAAUUGGAAAAUGCUGAACUUAGCCAUCGAAACUCUUCAAAUCGAGCAGAUGUGCAAGAUUCUAACCAACAGUUUAUGAAAACAUUUCGGCAAAAGGAAAAGGAGGCUAGGAAAUACAUGUCAGAAGAAUGGGAAAGAGAGAAUUCCCAGCUCAAAGAAGAAUUGGAGAACUCUAAAAUUCAGUCCUCAUCAUUGGUCUCAUCCUUGGAAACGGAGCUAGCUCAGCUCAGAAUUAAGGUUCAUGGUCUGGAGCAGGAGAACCAUUUCCUCAAAGAAGAACUGGAGAAUGUAAAACAGCUACCCAGUUGCCUGGAUCUUUCUGAGCUGGAGAAUGAGAUUUCCAGUGUCAUCAUAAAAAAUGAGAAGCUACUGAAAGAGAAAGAAGCCCUCAGUGAAGAGCUGAACCGGUAUAUAGAGAAGACAACUAAAGUUCCUUUCCUAGAGAGCCUCAAUGCUUCCUUGAGGGAGGAGAACUCAUCUUUGGAGCACCAGAAUCAGCAUCUGAAAGCACAAAUGGCAGUAUCACAAGACAAGAUUCAGAAUUUUGAUGAUAUUGUGCAAAAUGUUAGCCUUCAGGUAUCCAGGCUCAAAUCAGACCUGAGGGUCACCCAGCAGGAAAAGGAGAAUCUAAAACAGGAAGCGAUGUCAUUGAAUAAGCAACUGCAAAUGGCCAAUGAGAAGAGUCGGUUCCUGGAAGCAGCCGUGCAUUCAUCAGGGAUACAGAACCAGCAGAAGAAGCUUUGUUGGGGUGAACUGGAGCUGAUCAAGCAGGAGCAGCAGCUUCUGAGGCAGGAGAAUGAGCAGCGGCAGAGGGAAUUCCAGGGUGCCAAAUCAGAGCUAUCUCAUUCUAGGGAAAAGCUGCUUCACUCAAACUCCAGCAUGAUGCUUAGCCCACCCCAGCACCCUCGAGAACUGCAGGAGAUCCAGCAGCAAGGAUGUCCUGUUGUCCCAUCCGAACAAUACCAGCAGCUCCAGCACCAGUUCCUUCAGGCAGAGAGGAGGUGUCAACGCCUGCAGGAGGAGCUUGAGAAUCGGCCCUUGGAAACAAACAUGCCCCAGGGUGGAUAUGAGCAGCUACUACAGAGUAUGGAGAAACGCAUGAUGGAUGUUGAACAACAAUUGAGGCUUGUGAAACAGCUUCUCCAAGAUAAAGUCAAUCAGCUGAAAGAACAGCUUGUAAGAAACACAAAAGCUGAUGAAAUGGUGAAGGAUCUCUAUGUUGAAAACGCUCAGCUGCUAAAAGCUCUCGAGAUGACAGAACGGAGGCAGAAGAUGGAGGAGAAGAAGAACUAUCUUCUAGAAGAAAAAAUAGCCAAUCUUGGCAGAAUUAUCAAAAAUCUGACCUCCAAUGGAGGAUCAUCAGCUCAGUUGGGAUCUUAGUGCCUUUCUCCACUUGCAUUUAACGAUAGUGCAAACAUGUCUUGACCAUUUAUUGCAAGGCAUUACCUUCAUCUCAUCCCCAGCCUAUGUGUAAAACUUCUUCAGUCAUGUUUAGCUGUACCAGUGUUAAAAUAGUAUUUCCCUAUUUAUUUUGACUUUAGGUGCAACUCAACACAUGUACGAUCUGAUAGACUUACUGUAUUACCUAUUACUUUAGGGGAAAGUCGGAUGACCAAAAUGACUUGAAGCAAAGGCAAUACAGGUUGGAUAAGGCUGGGCAACUGGAUAGCAAAUUUCAUGCUGGUAUAGUCCCCAAAAGCUGUGGAAAGCACUUCAGGGGUGGGGAAAGACCCUAAACCUAACUACCUAUUUAUGCAGAAUUAUGCACUUUAUUGAAAGGUGAACAUUUCGUCUAUUUUAAUGCUGCAUUUUGAUAGCUGCAACUUUGGGGCUGUGCUCAAAAGAAAUCUCACUACUCCUCUCAAAAACACAAAAUUAAUCUGUGUGUGGAUAAACACCAAGCAUAAAUCCCAAGUGCCUUACUUUAUAUUUUUUUAGUUUGCAUGUUAGUUUGGAAUGGUGUGAGGAGGCACCAUGGUCUAAGAGGUUUCAUUUAUUAUCCACCGACCAUACUACUGAUGCACUUUCCAUGAGCCAUCUAUCCAUUGUCCUGAAUGGCCAAAGCAGAAUGUAAAUGGCAGACAUACCCUGAAACUUUUUUUUUUUGCAUUUAUAUCCCGCCCUUCUCCGAAGACUCAGGGCGGCUUACACUAUGUCAAGCAAUAGUCUUCAUCCAUUUGUAUAUUGUAUACAAAGUCAACUUAUUGCCCCCCAACAAUCUGGGUCCUCAUUUUACCUACCUUAUAAAGGAUGGAAGGCUGAGUCAACUUUGGGCCUGGUGGGACUUGAACCUGCAGUAAUUGCAAGCAGCUGCUGUUAAUAACAGACUGUCUUACCAGUCUGAGCCACCAGAGGCCAAACUUCCCCCCUCUGCUGAUGUUUCAGACACAGUAGCACUAUAACCAUACUUUGAAGGAAAUUUGGAAAUGUGUACAUCCUCUCAGUUUUCCCAGAUCCAUUCAAAGGAACAAUGGUAGCACAAACAUCCCCUUUUUGCCAAUCUCUAGGAUAGUUAGACUAGGAACUCUGCCCUUUCAACUGACAAACACUAGAAAAGAAAGGUUAAGAAAAUCAGAAAGGGAGAAGAAAAAUCAAAGGAACACCAGAAGAAGCAUCUUGACUCUUAAGGGAAACCACAGCUAGAUCUCUUCACCCUCAAAUGGUCCCACCCUCAAGAAAAUCAACUUAAUGAGUAAGACAGAAAAAGGAUAAUUGUACAGGCAAUCCUCAGCUUACUACCAUUCAUUUUAACAACUGUUUGAAGUUACAAUGACACUGAGAAAAGACAGGAAGUUUUUAGAAGAUUGGAUAAUCAUUUAUCUGAAAUGGUAUAGAGUUUCCUGUCUAAGCAGAGGAGUUGGACUAAAAGACUUCCAAGAUCCCUUCCAACUCCAUUUUGUUUCUAUUCUAUUCUAUUCUUUUAUCCUUGCACUUACAACCAUUGCAACAUUCCAACAGUCAUAUGAUCAAAAUUUGGGUGCUUGGCAACCAGCAUGUAUUUAUGAUGGUUGCAGUAUCCCAGGGUCAUCUGAUUGCCCUUUGCAAUCUUCCCAGCUGGCUUCCAACAAAGUCGAUGGGAGAAGUCAAACUCAUUUAACAACUGCAGUGAUCUGCUUAACAACUGUGGCAAAAAAGUUAUAAAAUCAGGCACAACUCACUCAACAACUGCCCUUUUUAACAAUGGAAAUUCUGGUCCUAUUUGCGGUCGCUAAGUCAAGGACUAUAGAAAAGUUGUGACAUAGGGCUAUGUGGUAUGCAAACUGAUGAGAAAACAAAGAACUGAACAAUUCCAAAAUUCUGAUGCUAUCUGGCACCAAUGGUUUCUACUGUCAGCAUCCACACUGCUGUGUUAAUGGCUGCAGAGGACAGGAAAAAUAUCUUGAUUUGCAGGACAAGCUAUUAGUUGGUCGUAGUAGAACAUUCUUUGCAUGCAGAACAUUCCUCUUAAGAAUCUUAAAUUCCAAUAGUUUGUAUAUACAGCAGCAAAGCUUCAUAUGACUAUUAAGGAUUAAAACAUCAUGGCUGAGAAGUAGCUGACCUUCAGAUAUUAAAUCUGAAUACUGUUUGUAUUUUUACUAACAUUUUCAGGAACCCAAAUUUCUCAUAUGUAUAUUUGAAGAAAGAAGAUUGCAUUCUUAAAGAGAGUGCUUCUGUUUGAAACCAGAAGUGACUAGCAAUGAAUUUUGGACUGCCUAAUUAUUUGGCUGGUUCAUUUUAAAUUUUAUGACUUUAUUUUAAACAUCAAUUUGAUAUUUGACAUUUUGGAUUUACUGUGAUUUAUUGUAGUUUAUAUUUAUACAUAUGGAUUCUUAAUCACCCAAUCAUUGUCUCUCAGCAAUGAAAAAAGAAUAGUUGCUUUCUCCAUGCUACAGCUACACUGCAUGUGUGACCUGUCUUUACCACACUACCAAUUAUAACCUGAAUAAAGAAUGCAACCAGUGAGGCUAAGGCUAAAACAUGUUGUAGAGACCAGAAUAUCUGCAGAACAUUUAAUUGGCCAAUUGUGCCUUAAUCUGUUUGUAGCUGCUUCUACAUGCAAAGCAUUCUGAUUCCACCUCUGUAAUAGACUCAUUCAGAAUUCUGCAGAGGGAAACCUAAUUCCUUCUUGUGUACCAAAUGAUCCUUAGCAUCAGAAAAAAGUCCAGGAUCUCCAUCCAAGCAAUUUUGAUGCACUUGCUUUUUUGGAAAGAAUACGAGUGGAAAAAACUAAUCAAUCUUUGUAAUUCUUAUUUAGUACUGGCUAGAAUGGAGAGUUUUUUUGUGGAUGGGACCAGAAUUUCCUGGGAGAGGUUGUUUCUGUGGGGAAUGGGAGAGAGAAUGUUGUAAUUAUUUUAAAUAAUAUUUAACUAUCUUACACUCAGUUCAGGGCUUGCACUACACCUUCUGAUUCUUUCCCAUCUCAAAAUAAUUGAAAACCAUGCUAGCAAUUUCCAGAAAUUGUGAUUAGAGAUGGGUAUAUAGAACGGGCUACAAAAAAGCCGUUCAGGAGUCUGACUCCUGCCCUUAGGCAACUUUCCUCAACUAGAUGCAAUCCAGAUGUUUAAAGAUCCUUUAGAUUCUUAGCACGGUAUCUGAGAAUGCUGGGAGUUGCACUUCCAAUGUAUUUUGAGAGUGUCAGGUUGAGUAAUGGUGUCUCCCACUUCUCUGAACUUUGAACAAUAGUUCCCAUUAGUUGCAUGUGCACAAAAAAUUAGGUGAUAAACAUGGUAAAUUUGUCAUCCAAACAGAGCCAUUAAUUUUGGGGCUGAAAAAAACCUGACUCAACUAAAAUGAGCUUUUUUCACUUAGGUUUUUUGUGUGGAAAUUUAUCACUCCAAAGCUUCUUAUCUAAAGCAAGGGUCUCCAAACUUGGCAACUUUUAAGACCUGUAGAUUUCAACUCCCAGAAUUCCCUGGUCAAUUAUACUAUACUGGCUGAGGUGUUCUGGGAGUUGAAGUCCACAAGUUUUAAAGUUUCCAAAUUUGGAGAGCCCUGAUCUAAAGCAAGCAACUUAGUAUGGUAGAGUGGUUAAAAUGCUAGACUGAAAGCAUGGAAACCUACUCCACCAUGAUCACUCCCAUCCAUGGGCACUCACUCAGUAUCUCAGCCUAACCUACCUCACAAAGUGAUUGUUGUGAGGAUAAAUUGGAAUAAACUCUGAAGUGAAGGAAGGAUAAUCCUGUGGGCUUGAAAACUCUCCUCCAAAAAAAGAUGACUGAUGCCAAUGCUAUGUUAUUUGAGGCAAUGGGGUAAGGCAUUCUAUUUGCCAGAUAGCUUAUCUUGCUAUGGUGUCUCAACCAGCAUCAUAGGAUUUCUACAGCUUCUACCGCCUCUCAGAUCUGUUAAUUGAGGUUAAUGUUGCCAUUUAUCAGAUUUGUGUUUGAUAUAAGUAUUUUGUUUCUAUUGUACAUUGCCCUAAAAGUAACUGGAGGAUGGACAGUAUUAAAUAUUUUAAACAAGUAAAA